AUGUUUGCUACAAGACGCCUCCUGCAGUCAUGCAGAAUCACACUCUUUACCCGUCCCAGCUGCGGCAUGUGCGACCAGGCAAAGGAGUCGCUGUCCAAGGUCUGGGAUGCCAGGCCAUUCGCCUACGUCGAGGAGAGCAUUGACGUCAAGGGCUCGAAGUGGAGGGAUCUAUAUGACUUUGACGUACCCGUCAUUCACAUCAGCAAGAGCAGUUCUCCCAGCGAGGACGUGAGCACGGCCAGCAAAGCUGUCAAGCUGAUGCACCGCUUCACGCCUGAACAGGUGCAGGCCAAGAUGGACGAGGUGGAGAGCAAGUAA